GGCGUAGCGGCGCCGGGCGCCUAGUACGUCACUCUCAGUCGGUCUGGCAGGUCCGCGAGACAGUGCCAGCCACCCAGGGUCGCAGCUACCGCAGUCUUCGUGAUAGCACAGGUUUGCGUUUCGUAGUGCGUGAGCAGUCUACUGUCUACGAAACACUUCUUUGGACGAAUCACAGUUUGUGAGGUUACCAGUGUGUUUGAUCUGCAGCGCCACAUCGGUCGAGCGGAAAGGGAGGUUUCAGCAAAGCGCUGUAGUCGCAAACUCGCUUGUCGCAAGUGCCGCUAGGCGGCAGCACCGCAGCUAGUGACGCGGCUCGUCGCUCAGUGAUCAGCUGUGUUUGGCGGCAGAGAGUCGAGUAAGAGGUGGCGGUGUAGGUGCUCGCAGAAGAGUUGACAGAUUCAGCUCUUUAUUGUGAAGAUAUACUUGCGUCCUCUUUGAUACAAGAAUCCCGUUGACACAACGCACGGGAAUUUAAAGACUGCCAUUGUGAAACAAAGACCUGAGCAUAUGCUCUAUUAUCGGGAACAAUAACUUCUGGGGAACAGACAGUCUUCUGAAACGGUUCUAGAAAUGAGAGCAUAAAAAGCUGCAAGAAGCAUUCUGAAGUAGGACGACAAGAAAACGUUGUGAUGUACAGCAUGCAUGCAAUCGGAAAAUUCAUAAGCAACUUCAGGGACUUCUACAAUGAAAUCAACGCAGCAACGCUAACAGGUGCAAUUGACGUGGUCGUUGUUGAACAACCCGAUGGCAAUUUUACGUGUUCACCAUUUCAUGUUCGCUUCGGAAAACUGGGGGUUUUGCGUAGCAGGGAAAAAGUGGUGGACAUUGAAAUAAAUGGAGAACCGCAAGAUAUUCAUAUGAAAUUGGGAGAGAGCGGUGAGGCGUUUUUUGUUGAAGAAGUUCCAAGUGGUAAUGGAUCUGAUGAAUACAUACCACCACAUUUAGCCUGCUCUCCGAUACCUCAAGAUUUUUUCCCACCACAUUUUGCAAGUCGGGAGCUUCACGAGGAAGAGGCAGCAGCAGAAGCCGAUACCGACGUCCAUCACAGCAGUGACAGUAUACAUGAUGAAACUACGUUUGUAAUGGAUGAUGUAUCUAGUCACCCAGAUGAUGAUCAAAAAGACAACACAAGGUCUUUCGAAAGUGCCACGGGCAAAGAAGUUACUGAGUCUCAGUUACCUGAUAGUGCUUCACUAAUUCAGCCAAAGACUUUUUGUGCAGAAACUCUGAAUGAAAGUAGUGAUUCAGCCGAAAAGGUCCGUAAAAUUAGCAUUGUUCAAGGGGAGUUUAGGCCGAUUUCGGUGGAUGGAGAUUUUGAGCUAGAUGAAAGUAGACACACUGGCGCUCAGCAUGACAGUGUUGCUGUUGCCCCUCAGAGCUUAUCAGGAAGGAAGGAUUCUCAUAAAGAGAAUUCCGCACCAUCCGAGGACAGUUUGAAACCUGUCAAUUCAAACAAUAGGAGGAAGAAGCGUAGGAAGUCAUUGAAGAAAAAGGCUGGUCAGAAGAAGACUAAUGGAGGAGGUGGCUCAAGCAGUCAAACAGAUCAUUCCGAACUGUCAGAGGGCCGGGACGCGAAGGACCAAGACGAUGUCGCAGAGCAGUCGUGCCACGAUGAACAGGCUGAACCACCUGUCACAUGCAGCCACCUUGGAGGUGUUAUUGUGGACAGUGAUGUGACAACAGUGUACUGUUCAGAGUGUGACACGUGUCGUAAAAGCCAGUUAAAACCAACAAUUACGGUCAGCAGUCCAGAUCCGCAUACUUCUGUGUGUGAUGCACAGCCUGAUAGUGUACUUGUUGCAGCGGCCAGUAACUUGGCUGAGCUUUCAAGGAUACAGCAUGCUUCCACAGAGACUGACUUCCAUUUCUUCAGUGACACUGAAUUGACUCCAGGAUGCAGAAGAGAAAUUCCGAGCUGCCGAAUUACGUCUGCUCUUUCAGAAACAGCCUUCGAAGUUUUAACAUCAGUCCUGAGCCAUUUCCCACAGGACUCACGUCCCAGCUCCCCAGUGCAGUCAGAUACAGAGUACGAGGUCAACAGACAGUCAAAGGGUGUUAGUACGGAAGGAUGCCUCAGCCAAGAUGAACAUGGAGUAAUGCAGCAAUCAUGGCGAUGGGGAGAACUGCCUUCCCCACCAGCCAGAUCUCUGUCCACACAGAGCCCACGUGUGAUGACUAAGGAGAAGCCCGACCUGGAGCCGGUAUCUUCUAGUGAUGAGGAUGUCCAGAAACAGCAACAAGCAGCAGAGGCAGCGCAGAGGUCCAUGCUGAGUGGCAUGUUCAGUUUUAUGAAGAAGACAAAAAGGAUUCGCCACAACCCAGAGUCUGAAGGAAUCUACUUGUCUGAUCUCAAUAUGGAUGAACUGGACCCUGAGGUGGCUGCCCUGUAUUUUCCCACGUCUUACAGGCAGGGCCCCUCUACUGCUGCUCCUCAACAUCUUCAAGAAGAACCACAAGAGAGGCAGAGAGAAGAUGAUGCAGAGUCAGGAAAUGGAACGUCUCUACCUCAGUCUCCAAACAGUGUGGAAGGAGCAGUUUGUGGUCCAAAGUCUUUGGAUAGUGAUUUUGAUGAAUUGAAACACUCAGUUUUUGAAAAAAAAUCGUAUGGAGAAAUAUCCUUGUCACUUUGUGGUGGAUUAUCAGAUGGAAGAAAAGGACCAUCAGAGGAUGCGUUUCUACAGAAUAUUAUUGCAUAUGAUGAUAUCGUUAGAGAUCCAAAGAUUAUUGAGAGCCCAAAUUUAGUUGUGAGAUUCAAUGGAAAGUUCUACAACUGGAAGACAGCUUGCCCAAUAGUGAUGUCACUUGUAGUUUAUCAAAAACCCCUGCCUCAGGAAGUAAUUGAUACACUGUGUGCCGAGUACAUGACAAGUAAGAAAGAUUCAAAGCAGUCAACAUACUCUUCGUGGUUUUAUUGGAGACGCGCAAGCCAGUCACAGAAACGUGAUGAAGCUCCUUCCCAAGAACAGGAGUUAUCAUCUCCUGAAGCAGAGAGGUUGUCUGAUGUAAAGGAGGAUGCUUCAGUUACCAGUGGAGAAAUGCCAGAACAACUGAAAGAUACCUCCAGAUUGAAACAGAAGAGCUUGAGUGAAGAGGAGGAUAUGGCAAAAGAAACGGAAAAGCAAGAGCUACCAAAAUCAGAGACAAAAGAUAUUAAAACUGAUGAAAUAGAAUGUUCGCAAGAAGCAACCUUCCAAGAGUUGGAAACAAUGACAGCUGCUCAGAAAGAAUCAAAAGAGGAAGGGUACAGUGGUUCAAACUCUUCAGAUGAGUCAGAUGGUGGCCAAACAAAACAGCAAAUCGUGAAGAAACCUCUUGAGAAGAGAUCCUAUUAUGAUCAUCCAGAAAAGUACAGGAAAACUUUGCGUCUUUCUUCUGAUCAGAUAGCUAAGCUAAAUCUCCAGGAAGGUGCUAAUGAGGUUGUCUUCAGUGUUACCACAGCAUACCAAGGAACAACUAGGUGCAAAUGCCACAUAUACCGUUGGCGUUAUGAUGAUAAGAUUGUUAUCUCUGACAUUGAUGGGACAAUUACCAAGUCUGACGUUCUUGGGCAUAUCUUACCCAUUGUUGGGAAGGACUGGGCACAGAGUGGAGUAGCACAACUUUUCACAAAAAUAAAAAAUAAUGGCUAUAAGCUGUUAUAUCUCUCAGCACGGGCCAUUGGUCAGGCACGUGUAACAAGAGAAUACCUUAAGUCUAUAAAACAAGGGAAUCUCUCGCUGCCUGAGGGCCCACUGUUGCUCAACCCCACCAGUUUGAUCAGUGCAUUCCACAGAGAGGUAAUAGAAAAGAAGCCUGAGGAAUUCAAGAUCUCAUGCCUCCGUGAUAUUCAAGCAUUGUUUCCAGAAAACAGCAAGCCAUUCUAUGCUGGAUAUGGCAAUAGAAUUAAUGAUGUAUGGGCGUAUCGUGCUGUGGGCAUUCCAAUUUUCAGAAUAUUCACCAUUAAUCACAGGGGGGAACUGAAACAUGAAUUGACGCAGACAUUCCAAUCUUCGUAUUCUAACAUGAGCUACAUUGUGGAUCAGAUGUUUCCACCUCCUCCAGAAGAUACAGCUGAAGAUUUCUCCAAUUUUGUUUAUUGGCGAGAUCCCAUUGCUGAGAUAGAACUGGAUCCAUCACUUGUGUCAGGCCAUUCUGCAAUAUCAGCUAAUGAGGCAGGACACAAGAAAGCAGCUGGCACAGCUUAGUUAUUAUUUAUUCAUAUAAGUACCCUCAUUUAGAUUCUCUGCCACAUUGUUCACUUGUUACACAAGUCCUGAAUUAAAAAAAAAAUUGCUUUAAAAGAGUGGUAAAUGUGUUUGUUGGUAGCAGAUGAGCCAUUUUAUGAAAUUAAAUACCAGGCUUUGUUUUGUGUGUGUGUGUGUGUGUGUGUGUGUGUGUGUGUGUGUGUGUGUGUGUAGAAAUGUGGUUGACCAGAGAAAGCAGCUUGCAUUGAGUAAUUUUUAAGUGCAAACAAUUUUUUGACAGUAUUUCAGCACUCUUAGGUGCAAAACUAAACUGGAUCGUAAUAUUCUGUCCUUUGUACUUGAUUUUAGGUGCUAAAAUAUACAUUGUGAUUGAUUCUCCAGAACAAUAGGAGUUCGUUUGCAAAUUUACUAAAAAGCCAUUAGUUAUUUUUUUCUUUGUGCCCUUAUUGUGACAAAAAAAAAAAGAAAAAAGGUGAAACACAAGGUUCCAUGAAAUGCCUUAGACUGUUUCUGUUGUAUUUGAUGAUGAAUUAGUUUUUUUUUUUCAAAUUUGGCAAAGGAGCUUGCACCUAAGUGUAACACCCAUUGUUAUGAGAGGCUACAGCACAUUAUAUCAGUUUAAAUAACUUGACCCAAACUGAUAUGGUUUUCUACUGAUGUUUUCGUAGAAAGGUUAGGUAGCUAUAUGUUGUGAGUCAUGCUUCUUUUUUUCCCUAUUCUCGAGGAGAAUUUUGUGAUAUAUGAUUAAGUUCAGAAUGAUUCCUAUUGACCUUAUAGUAAUUUUUGUACAUAGUACCUUAUCAAUAUUUUUUUAGGUCAUAAAUUUUGAGUUUUUUCUGAAACAUGUUUGAUCUCUCUUAACUCCAUUCCAGAUUAUAUAGGUCUGGUGUCAAGUAUCUGUUGCAUAAAAAAUGAGUUUGUAACUUCGUUUAAAUGUAGAAAUAGAAAGUUUAUAUAUGUUGCACUGUUCGUAUGACUGUUCAUUGACAGUGUAUUUAUUUACACUUCUUGAGCACUAAUACAAAGACUGAGUAAUGUACAAACUAGCGCUUCACCAGACCUCUUUUGUUAGCGCAAGUAAUUUAAAUUUAGUCAACACACCAUAUAGUACAAUAUUUUGUAUUUGUUUUAUUGUGUUUUCCUUCGUUGUAUGAAGGUUUGUGCUAUUUGUACCAUUUAUGUAACACUCCUUGUGUACUGAAUUACAAUACCUGUGUCUUUCCUGACAGCAUCUAUUAGUUCAGCUUUAGUGAAUGUAAUUUGUUUUUCUUUUUUCUGUUUCAAAUGCCAUGACAUUUUGUUAAGUCCAGAGCACAAUACACCAAAUAAAGUUUCAAUAAAAGAUUUGUGAUGAUAUAAAACAAUUUUCAAUUAUAUUUCAGUACUGGAUGUUAUUUUGCCAGUGUCAUACAAACAAGUGAAUGACUCAGUCAAGUGCAGAAAUAAAUUACAUACUGUAAA